UGCAUUUUUAAGCCUUUGAUUAAAUGUGUAGCGAGAAAGAACAGAAACAGUGAAACAGUCUACCAGAGCAUGGACGAGAAAGACUUAAACUCAAGCACCGUCCAGAAGAUUCUAGAUCUUCUCUACGCCGCCGGCUUCGUCCACACGACAGACUCCGAUGCGCCACCGUCUGAAAAAGUCGCCGCCGGUCUCUCUCAGUGCAUCGCCGCCAUAACAGACCAGGACAAAACACUCGGCAUCGAGGAAUCUUUAGAAUUAGUUGGAUGCCCGCACCCUCUUCGACUCUCUCAUGUCCAAGAUCUCGAUGUCGAUGCUCUUUUUCCAGUAAUUCAGUGGCUUACGUCACACCUUCCGCAAAAUCAAGAACACCGUGCCGGCGAGGUUUCUCAUGCUGAAAAUACUGUUGAAGUGGAUGAGUGCAGGGCUUCGAUUAAGGCAUUGAGUGGCAACUUGGAUGAUCUGAAUCAGCAGAAGAUGAACGUUGUGAAGCAAUUAACUACUCUACAAGAGAGAAUCUGUAAUGAGGGUGCUGAUUCUGCGGCACAGAAGUUAAUUUCUUUAAUGACGUCUUUGAAGGAUCUUGAAAAGCAGGAAAAUUACUUUCAGUCCUAUCGUGAUUGUAAACACUCAGAACUUCAAGCUGAUAUCAGUGAAUUAGAGAGGCAAAUUACAAAUUACAGUGAUAACAAGAAUCUAUCUGAUGGACUACGUAAUUCUUAUAGUGAAUUAGUUGAAAAAGUCGAUUUGAUGAAAAAGCAACUUGCUGCUAGAUUGAGGAAUAUUGUAGCACUAAGACGUCAGAUUGAUGACCUCCCGUGCCAAUCAGAAGUCAUCCAGUAUGAAUAUCGGCUCUCUGAACUGUAUGCUCAAAUCCAGGGAAAACAUCGACAAACUCAUAAGUACUAUGCUACCUACAAUGCUCUCUUGGAAAUAAAAGUAUUGAUGUUAAAGGAAACAUCUUUGCUGAAUUCGAUCAUUUCUCAGUUUCAAGAGGCCUUUAGCAGCACCGAUGGGCGUAUCAAACUAGUUCAUUCCAUGGAAGGAAUUGUCAAGGGAAGUCAACAGAAGCUAGAAAAAGUUGAUGUAGGACUUCAAGAAGAACAAAAAAUCCGCAAUGAUCUGAAGGGUAGGUAUGCUGCAGCAGUCGGUGAAAGGAAGCGCUGCUACUACCUGUCGAAAGCUUUUCAGGCCCAAUGUGCGAAGGAGAAUGAGAAUUGCCCACAAGACAAAUGAAAAGUUCACAAAACAAAUUAUUGCAGUUCAUGCUCACAGAACAAGAUGUAUGUGUUUGUAGGUAUGACAUGAGUUGUAGUUAUCAUGUUUCACAUUCAUUCAUUCUUAUUUGCAAUUUUAUUUCAAACUGAUAUAAACCACUCUUUAUGUUUAGAAUUAUUUUUUUAUACGAGAUUUUUGUAACUAA